AUGCUGCUGCUCCUUCUGCUCACAAAUGCUUUUGUCCUUCUGCCCUGGGCUGGGGCUGGAAGGAUCAUUGGUGGACGAGAGGUAAAGGACCACUCCAGACCCUACAUGGCUUUUUUAAAAAUUAAAACUGGCUCAAAACCUAGUAGGUGUGGAGGGUUCCUGAUUCGCCCAGACGCAGUGCUCUCAGCAGCUCACUGUGUGGAUAAAGAAGGGAGUGUGAACGUCACUGUGAUUCUGGGAGCCCACAACGUAAAGAAGCAGGAACAGAGCCAGCAGGAGAUCCCUGCUGAACGAUUGGUCAUCCAUCCUGAAUAUUCCCGUGAUGGCAAGAAAAAUGACAUUGUGCUGCUGAAGCUGAAGAAAAAAGCUGAGAUCAAUGAGUAUGUGCGAUGUAUCUCCAUUGCCAAGGAAAAUGAACGUGUGAGAGUAGGAGAUUUGUGCACGGUGUCAGGCUGGGGCCGGACAUCUCUGAAAAAGCCGGGGAGUGAUGUCUUGAUGGAGGUGGAUCUGGAGGUUCAAUAUGCAGAAAUAUGUGAACAGCGUUUCCGUAACUAUCAGUGUCAGUCUAUGAUCUGUGUCGGUGAUGAAAACAGUAAAAAAUCAACUUACAAGGGUGAUUCUGGUGGCCCAUUAGUCUGCAAUAAGAAGGCUCAUGGCAUUGUUUCUCAUGGAAAACCAGGCUGCCUCUUUCCUAAGGUAUUCACCAGGAUCUCGUACUUUGAGCCCUGGAUCCGCAAGAAGCUGAAGGGUUUUUCGCGCAAGGCAAUUCCUUGCAUUCCCUUCUCUGACUAA